UUGCAGCUGUUCUCUGACAAACAAUAACAAGAGCGGUGAGCGAGCGAGUCCGUUGCGUACGUAAUCAAGCUGAAAUCGAGCCUGAAGUGCGUCUCGACUCUGACAUUGCCGUCGAGGAAACUCUGGCCUCCGCUUCCUCCUCCUCCGACUCGGAAACCGGCGGAGCUUCGCCGCCCCCGCGGAAGAAAAGCCGAGGCUCGGCGGCGGAGGGAGCAGGAGAGAGCGGGGCGUCUGCUGCCGGGAUCACGGGCCUCUCUGCGGCUGCUCUCCCAACCCCCCACCGACGCUCAUCUGUCCACUUUAAUAACAGACCCGACGUUUUAAACGCCUUUCGUAACAUGCAGGCCAACGGGACAGGAGGACAAGAGCCGGAGGCGCAGUUGUCCUGUCGGAACGGAGAGUCGUCGACCUCCGCCGCGGGUGCUGUGCACUCGAACGGUCUGCUGUCCGCCGCUAAUAACGGGCUGCCGUCCACCGAGAGUCCGACCUCCGAUGCCGGCCUAAAGAAGAAGAAACGACUGUCACAGGCCGACGAGGAUGUGAUCAGACUCAUAGGACAACAUUUACACGGGUUAGGACUCAAUCAAACCGUGGACCUGUUGAUGCAGGAAUCCGGAUGUAGACUUGAGCAUCCUGCUGCCACCAAAUUCCGGAAUCAUGUGAUGGAGGGAGAGUGGGAAAAGGCUGAGAGUGACCUCAAUGAGCUGAAAGCACUGAUGCUUUCACCCAGCGCUGUUGUGCGGAUGAAAUUCUUGCUACUGCAGCAGAAGUAUUUGGAGUAUCUGGAGGAUGGGAAGGUUCUGGAGGCUCUACAGGUGCUCAGAGCCGAACUCACCCCUCUCAAGUACAACACCGAACGGAUCCACAUCCUCAGCGGGUACCUGAUGUGCAGUCAUUCUGAUGAUCUGCGUGCUAAGUCUGAAUGGGAGGGGAAAGGGAUGGUCUCGCGAUCCAAACUCCUCGACAAACUACAGACGUACUUGCCUCCGUCUGUGAUGCUGCCGCCCCAUCGUCUGCAGACUCUGUUGCGUCAGGCGGUGGAGCUGCAGAGAGAUCGCUGUCUGUACCAUAACACCAAACUGGACAGUGGGCUGGACUCGGUGUCUUUGCUCAUAGACCAUGUGUGCAGCAGGAAACAGUUCCCCUGCUACACCCAGCAGAUUCUGACCGAGCACUGCAAUGAAGUCUGGUUCUGUAAAUUCUCCAACGAUGGCACCAAACUGGCCUCGGGAUCCAAAGACACAACAGUCAUAAUAUGGCAGGUUGAUCCUGAAACUCACCAGCUCAAGCAGCUGAAGACUCUAGAGGGUCAUGCCUAUGGGGUUUCCUAUCUGGCCUGGAGUCCCGAUGACAUGUAUCUGAUAGCCUGUGGCCCAGACGACUGCUCUGAGCUCUGGCUCUGGAACGUCCAGACGGGGGAACUGAGAACCAAAAUGAGCCAGUCCCAUGAAGACAGCUUGACCAGUGUGGCCUGGAACCCAGACGGCAAGCGUUUCGUUACCGGAGGUCAGAGAGGCCAGUUCUAUCAGUGUGAUCUGGAUGGAAAUCUGUUGGACUCGUGGGAAGGUGUCCGUGUGCAGUGCCUGUGGUGUCUGAGCGACGGCAGAACAGUGCUGGCCUCUGAUACACACCAGCGCAUCCGCGGAUACAACUUUGAAGAUCUGACUGACAGGAACAUCGUUCAAGAGGAUCACCCCAUAAUGUCCUUCACAGUGUCAAAGAACGGAAGAUUAGCUCUGUUAAAUGUUGCCACUCAGGGAGUUCAUCUGUGGGACCUCCAGGAUCGCGUGUUAGUCAGGAAGUAUCAAGGUGUGACUCAGGGCUUCUAUACCAUCCACUCCUGCUUUGGCGGAUAUAACGAAGACUUCAUUGCGAGCGGUAGUGAAGACCACAAAGUUUACAUCUGGCACAAACGUAGCGAGCUUCCCAUAGCCGAGCUGACGGGUCACACUCGCACGGUGAACUGCGUGACCUGGAACCCUGCGCUCCCGGGCCUGAUGGCCAGCGCUUCAGAUGACGGCACUGUAAGAGUCUGGGGUCCUGCCCCUUUUCUGGACUCUCAGGAGACAGAAGUGCUAAAUGGGUGAUGACAUGCGUCCGCUAAAAUCUCAGCCAGCUAAGCCACUUCCGCUCUCAUAGGGCUGAGUAAUUUGUCACCAAGUGAUAAAGAUAUGUUUACAAAAAAACGUUCACGCACUACAGCUCAGCAUCAGUGAGUGCCUCUGUAAUCAAGCCUCAAGUAAGUGCAAAAGUUUACUUUGUGUUUUAUAAUAUUUGUACGGAUAGCCUGAAGCCUUUCCCCUUUUUGGGUAUCGAUGUAUGAUGUAGUGUUUGAAUAAUUUGACUCUCGUCAUUGACCGUAAUCCUAGGUGCAUCUUGAGUGAAAAUGUCAUUGUUCCCUAUGGACGCUACGUGCACUGGAUGUAACUGGGCGGACUGAGACAAAAUGCAGAAGCAAUCGUGCAUAGAGUCUAUUAGUCAACCUUUAUUGAUGAAAUGUGUGCAAAUACUUAAUUUUGUUUUAAAACGUAUGACAGCACAACCGUAAUAAUGAAAUAUAAUUGGUUAAGUGUAUUUGCUAUUUGUUUUGUUGAUUAAAUGGGAGCAAUCUAGUUUUGUUGCGUCGCAAUGUGUUUCUAGCAUUUCUAUCUUAGACUGGGAUAUCCGAAUUAGGGAAUGGGAUAUUUGGGUAAAAUUCUCUACCUCUUCUCUCAAGUAGAAUGCAAUAGCAUGGACAGUUGAUGUUGACCCUGGAGCAGAUGUCCACUUUGGAAAAUUUACAGUGGGACACACUAUAGACUUUCUGAAUGAAGAAUGAUGAAAAUAAAGUAAACGCAACAGCAGAUGGAUGUUUUUUCUGGCGGUUUCACAUCCCCCACCCUCAGCGGGGCGGCAGCUUUAGUAGUGAGAGAUGCCAUUUCACUCGAAUAAAAUGAAGCUGGCUGCUGCCCUUCACCAUCUGACUUCAGACCCGCGUGGCACCGCGAAUUGGUCACGCCUCACCGAGGACACGCCCACCUCGGUCUAAGCUUUCUACACUGCAUCCUGAGUGGACGACUGCCUCCUGAACCCACACGCACACAAACAAACGCCAUUCAAAUUAUUUAUUGCGGCUUUAAUUUAUUAAUGUGAACGAAUCAAGGCCUCAGGCCCGCUUUUUGUUCUGUACAAUAUUCACUCAAUGAGCAGACAAAAAAAGUUAUUCUGGCAUGUGUGAACUCCAAUCAUGUCCGGCCAUAAAAUUUGAGCGGAACAGUGAUGUGGUCUCAAAAGACAUCCACAUUGACGGAGGUGAACAAAUCAUAUCUUAUAUUUUUCAGCAUGAACUUGUGCGCCCUUUUAGCCACCUCUGUGAUAAUGUAUGCUUGAACAUAUCUUCACCCGCAGAGAUAUACGAUAUUGUUUUCGUUUUCCUCCACAAAUUUUAAACGACUGAAUUUACAGCCAUUUUUUAACAGCUAGAUAUCAUUCUUUCGUUUAGAUUAGAAGAACCCAGACGUGACCCCAGCUGCAGUUUUUUUUCCCUCUGUCAUUGAUUACGGUACUGUAUUCUAUUACUCUGUAAUGUUUAUGGUCAUUUUGAGAGGGGAGAGAUUUGCUAGAGGUGAUGAAUUAUUCUUCUUUAUACUUGAGAUGAGCUGACAUAGUCGUCGCAAUGGAAUUUUGGUAACAGGGUUGAAAACUAACCCACAAGAGAGUCCGAGCCAUGUCUGAGUCAAUGGAGGCCUGCUUAGACUUACAGCAUGCUAUGCAUUCUGCUUACAACAAACAAAUGAGCUAAUCUCAUGUUCUAGAUUAACACCACAUGUAAAUAAAGGCCUUCCGUGUGCAUACUUUGCUAUUGUAAGUGGCUAAUAGGUGUUUCUAAGGUCAUUUUUGCAGUGAAUGUAUAGGCUCCUACUCUUGGAGAGAUGCUUGGGAAUUAAGAAUCGAAAGUUUUGGAUCAUGUUAAAUGUGUUGUUACGAUAAGUACAGUAUGCCAGCACGUGGAAUGGACUACCAAAUAUGUUUGGUCUAUUUUCGAUUAUGUUCGUUCCCCUGCCAUUCCACCGCGAUUGUAUUCCCCUAUUUGGUCCUCAGUGGUCUCGUUCCCUUUUUUCACAUUAUCGCAUUCAUUUCUUGACAUUUUUAUGUUUUUUUUAUUGUUUUUGGAUAUGUAUAUGAAUACUCAUCGCUUAUGUUUUUCAUAGUUUUAUUCGCUUUUAUUUUGAGUUGAUUUAUAAUUUGUUUCGCUCCUUUAUCGCUUUUCCUUAUGAUCGUAUAUAAAAGAUGUCUUGGCAAGUGGCCUCUUAACAGCUUUUUCUAUUUGUGAAUUUCUUAUACUUUCGAACCUUAUUACGCAUUACUACACGCAUGUGUACCAUAUAAUAAUUGAGGUAUUCAGAGUGUUGUAGGCUUUCAAUCGAGCGAAAGAAACUUUACCUUCUUUGAUUUUCUCAUGUAAUGACUUUUCUUCACACACACAUAUAUAUAUAUAUAU